GACUCAGACACCUGAACGUCGCUUUAGUAUAAGACAAAGUCGACUUGACUCACUUUCACAGUCGACACACCGGACUUGCGUCUGUUGGAUUUUUCUCUCUGUCGACUUUUUUGCGGGGUUGUGCACGGUUUGGACUUUUUGGCCUUUUUGGAAGCGAAAGGAAAGCGAGCAUCAUGACUUUGGUUCAACCGUCACCCGAAAUGCAAAUCAACAUCAGGAAGGCGCUGAACGAGGACGUCAACACGCGACAAUCGGAUCUGGAACACAUCAAGGAGUGGAUGCUGAAACAGCCCCAUCUGCCGGAUUCAUGGGACGAUGAGAGAAUAAUGACGUUCCUGCGCGGCUGCAAAUUCUCCCUGGAAAAAACCAAACGAAAGCUGGAUAUGUACUUUACGAUGCGCACAGCGUGUCCAGAGUUCUUUGCCAACCGCGACAUCACUCGACCUGAACUGCAACACAUUGCGCAACUCGGCCACUUGCCGCCGUUGCCAGGUCUCACGCCCGACGGCAAGCGAAUCGUUGUGAUGCGUGGCAAAGACAAGGACAUCGACACCCCGCCCCUGGGCGAUGUUGCCAAAGUGGUGCUGAUGAUCGGCGACGUCCGAUUGGCGGCGGAGGAGACUGGCGUGGCCGGCGACGUGUACAUUCUGGACGCCAGCGUUGCCAGUGCCAGCCAUUUUUCCAAAGUUUCACCCUCGCUGGCCAAGAAGUUUCUGGUUUGCGUGCAGGAAGCCUAUCCGGUGAAGCUGAAGGAGGUCCAUGUGGUGAACGUGUCGCCAUUGGUCGAUACGAUAGUCCAGUUCGUCAAGCCCUUCCUCAAGGAGAAGAUCCGGAACCGGAUCUAUCUGCAUUCCAGCUUCGACACGUUGCACGAGAAGAUCCCCAAGGAGAUUUUGCCGGAGGAGUAUGGCGGCACUGCCGGGAAACUGCAGGAGUUUCACGAGGCCUGGAUGAAGAAGCUGGAAGAAUAUGGGCCGUGGUUUAGGGCGCAGGAGGACUUGAAGGCCGACGAGUCGAAGCGUCCGGGGAAGCCGACAAACUACGACGAUCUGUUCGGCAUCGAUGGCAGCUUCCGGCAACUAUCCAUCGAUUGAUUCUUGCGUUUGAUCAUUAAAGGUGUACGUGUUGUUAAUUAAGCCUCAAAUUGUAUUAAAAGCACUUAUUGUUAAAAAUAAACAUUUUGAAAAUA